CCUUUGAAUUGAUGACUGAGCUGAGGAUGUCCAUGAGGAGCCCUGCCUCUCCUCAGCUGGAGCUCAAUGGAGCUGGGAACAUGGUGAACUGUGCUAUUAAAACAGAAGAGAAGAACGAGAGCCGCUACAAGCCUGCACAGGAAGAGACAGCUAGUACUCCGCCUGGUUCUGACAAAGCACACACAUCACCGUCACUGCUGGGUGACAUUAUCGAUCCCCCGGUCCUUCCACAGGAAUCUACAUCUCUAGCAGACAAGGCAAUAGAUUCCAGGAACCCUGCAUUCGAACCGGCACUUACCAAUCGGGAAAAAUUGGAUUUCAAUAGAAACUUUAAAGAAGUAAUGCCAACCAUUGAGAAAUUACUCUCCAGCGAUUGGAAAGAGAGACUUCUGGGGAAGAGUGCCAUGGAAUCCAAAGAGGUGAAAGGAACUCAAGAAAGCCUGGCAGAGAAGGAGUUGCAGCUGCUGGUCAUGAUUAACCAGCUGUCCAUCCUGCGGGACCAGCUGCUGACAGCCCAUUCAGAGCAGAAGAACAUGGCAGCUAUGUUGUUUGAGAAGCAACAGCAGCAGAUGGAACUGGCCAGGCAGCAACAGGAACAGAUUGCCAAGCAACAGCAACAGCUCAUCCAGCAACAACACAAGAUCAACCUCCUGCAGCAGCAGAUCCAGCAGGUCAACAUGCCCUACGUAAUGAUUCCAGCAUUUCCUCCCAACCACCAACCUCUUCCUGUCACCCCAGAUCCUCAGAUGGCACUCCCAAUCCAGCCAAUCCCAUGUAAACCAGUAGAGUACCCCAUGCAGCUUCUGCACAGCCCCCCUCCUUCAGCACUCAAGAGACCUGCAAGCUCAGGACACCUGCAGAUCCAGGAACCUUCACAGCCACUUAACUUAACAGCAAAGUCUAAAGGCUCUGAACUCCCCAAUGCCUCCAGCUCACCUAGCUUAAAGAUCAGCAGCUGUCAGUCCCUCAGUUCCAGCCACGGAGUUUCCCGGGAGCUGCAGGCCAGUCCUCCCAGUCUCCCUUUGGGGUUCCUUGGAGAGGGAGAUGCUAUAACCAAAGCAAUCCAGGACGCCCGACAGCUCCUACACAGUCAAAGCAGAGCAAUAGAUGGAUCUCCAAAUCAUCUCUACAGGAAAGACCAUGCCAGCAUGGAUUCUUCUCCUACAAAAGAACAGGUGGAGGAGACUUCUUUGCAGAGGCUGGAUGAAUCCAUGUUAACCUGUGAUGGGGAUGGCUCACGGCAUUUCCCUGAAUCCAGAAACAACAAUCACAUCAAGCGUCCUAUGAAUGCCUUCAUGGUGUGGGCCAAGGAUGAGAGGCGCAAGAUCUUGCAGGCCUUCCCAGACAUGCACAAUUCAAGCAUCAGUAAGAUUCUAGGUUCCCGGUGGAAAUCAAUGUCAAACCAGGAGAAGCAACCCUACUAUGAGGAGCAGGCACGGCUCAGCCGCCAGCACUUGGAGAAGUAUCCCAAUUACAAAUACAAGCCCCGCCCCAAGCGCACCUGCAUUGUGGAAGGGAAGCGGCUCCGCGUUGGGGAAUACAAGGCACUGAUGAGGAACCGGCGCCAGGAUGCCAGGCAGGUCUACCUGAUUACGCCCCAGGGCAGCCAGAUGCCACCUUCCUCUUCAGAUCUCAUGUACCAGCGAUCAGUUGGGAUUCAGCUGGCUCCACCCCUGAUGGAUCACUACUUGCCCCGUGGCAUGGAGCCAAACAUGCCAGUCAUAGUCAACACACGCAGCCUGAAGCCAGAGGAAGGGGAUGGGACUGAGGACAGUCAUUCGGUGCCCGACGGGGAAAUGUGUCACUACAGCGAAGACGAAGAUUCGGGGGGCGAGGAGAAGAGCGAUGGUGAACUGGUGGUUCUCACAGACUAAGCCAGUGGUGUGAGGCGAAUGCAUGUGUGGUAAUGGAGGACUCCACCAGCCAUUGCCCUCUGUGCCCAAACCAUGAGUUGGCUUGGAAGGUGGCAAGGGAGGGUUUCAUUCAAGCUGUCUGGCCUGGCCAGGUGGGAGAGCCGUGUAGGCUUUUCUGCAGGGUGCUGGCGGAGGACUGGGAAAGGCAGCAAUCAGACUGGGAUGGUGGUACCAAGCUGAUCUAAGGAGAGGGGCUAUAGCUGAGAGGCCGAUCACGUGCAUUGCAUGCAGAAGGUCCUGUGCCGAUCCCCAGCAUCUUCUGCAGAAAGGAUCUUGCCCUGAAAAGCCACUGGCAAUCAAAUAGGCCUGACUGGCUUUGAUGAAUCGAUGACCCAACUUGGAUUAAGGUAGCUUCAUGUUUUGUUCUUUAAUUUGUUUGGGCAUGGAGCAGCCAAAGCGAGUAUCUAGCCUGUGUCAGUGUCCAUGGUGUUGGCAGGGCUUCUUGCUCAUUCAUCUUCCCUCGGGAAAGGAAAGGAGGAUGCACCGGGGUCAGGUCAGGCUAGAUGAGAUAACUCAAUGAGAAUCUUGUACUGCAGCUGGCAUUAGAACAUUGCUCCCCCUCCC